AUGACCUCCAAUCGCCCAACCAUACAGCCCGCGAAGCUAUUGUCUUCGCGUUCCCAUCAGAUACCCGGCAAACUCUUGGUGACUGAGUUCUUCUUCCAAGUUCCCCUAGAUCACUCAAACCACCAAGGCGAGCAGAUACGCAUAUUCUGUCGCAGUGCGAGAAAGUUUGACAAGCCCACGGUGCCCAAGCCCACAAGCGAUGAAGACCAACUGCCAUGGUUUGUCUACAUACCAGGUGGUCCUGGUUUCGGCUGCCCACCGCCACAGAACCUCAUGGAGUUUACAAAUACAGUUCUGGCUCGCGGCUACCAGUUCCUCGCCUUUGAUCAUCGCGGGAUGGGUCUUUCGACUCCAGCGACAGCUGCUAGCAUAACCGCCAAAGGCUCGCCUGGGCAGCAGGCCGAAUACCUCAAGCAUUUCCGAGCGGGGAACGCGGUUAAGGACCUCGAAGCCAUUCGUAAAUGCUUGACCGCAGACUAUCCCGAGGAGAAGAAAAAAUGGACCAUUAUGGGCAGCAGCUACGGCGGCUUUGUGUGCUUGAACUAUCUUAGCUUCCAUCCUGAAGGGCUUCGUGAAGUCUUUCCCGUGGCAGGGAUGGCACCGGUCACGCAGUCAACCCCGGAUCUCCCAAUCGAGAAGCUCUUCAAGAAGGUCAUGGGCAGGAAUCAGAAUUACUACGCCAAGUAUCCCGAAGACAAAGUCAAUGUCUGCAAAAUUCUCGAACUGCUGGAUCGUGAGGAGAGUCGGCUACCCUGUGGUGACGUUCUGACACCCGCUCGAUUUCUUGAGAUGGGGAUCCUCUUCGGUUUCCAUGGCGGGCUGGAUGCAGUCCACGAUGUAGUUUUGAGGGCAGCCAACGAUAUGGACAUCUUCGGGUAUCUAACCCGACCUACAUUGUCUGCAAUCGAGGGCUCCUCUUCGUUCAAUGACCAACCUCUAUACGCAGUCAUGCACGGUUCAAUCUACGUGCAGGGACAAGCAUCAGACUGGGUUUUCGACCGAGUAAUGAAGAAGUAUCCCGAGUUCGAGACGGGUCAGCAAGCAACACGGGAGGAUGGACCGCUGUUCACGGGUGAGAUGGUGUUUCGCCGCGCCUUCGAAAAUUACGGCGAACUGAAAACCCUCUUGCCCGUCGCCGAGCUGCUGGAGAAGAAGACGGACUGGCCCGAUCUGUACGAUCUCAACCAGCUACGGAAGAACGAAGUCCCUGUCUACGCUGCCAUAUAUGUGGAAGACAUGUAUGUCGACCUCGAUUACUCCUUGGAAACAGCGUCCAUCGUGAAGGGAUGCAAGACUUUCAUCACGAACACCUUGUACCACGACGCAAUACGCAGCAAGAACGAGGAGGUGCUUAAGGCACUUUUCGCUCUGAGAGAUGACACAAUAGACUGA